AUGCGCUUUGCCUACACUACAGACAUCAUGUCUGGAUGCUGCUCUGGUGGUAAUAACUGCUGCGGAGGGAACAACUACACCGUGUGCUGCUACGGCCAGAAGUCUUGCUGCAAGACGCCGACGUGCUGCUCGCAGUACUGCUGCCCCGUGAGGACCUGCUGCGUGCCCGUGCAGACCUACUGCUACACCACGAGCAACAACAACAGCGGCUGCUGUGGUGGCAACAACGGCUGCUGCUAA